CGGUGCCGUGAUGGUGGAGGCGUGAUCGCGGAGGGCCGGCGGCAGGCACCGUCCGCACGGGGCGCGGGGCGGCCCGGGCCGGGCAUGGAAGUGGAGAAGAUGGAUGAGAACGAAUGGAAGUACCAUGGGGAAGGCAACCAGAGCCUCGUCGUGUCCCACUGCCAGCGCUGUGUGGUGUUGCGGUUUUUGAAGUCCCCCCCAAACCAGAACAAGACUUCAGAGGAAAUACUACACCAUCUGCAAAACAUCGUAGACUUUGGGAAACAUGUCAUGAAGCAGUUCUUUGGGGAGAACUAUGUUCACCAUGGGGAAAUUAUUCAACUGCCUUUAGACUUCGUAAGACAGCUCUGUUUAAAAAUUCAGCCAGAGAGGCCGGAGUCUCGCUGUGAUAAAGAUAUGGACACUCUUAGUGGUUAUGCCAUGUGCCUUCCUAACCUGACCAGGCUGCAGACAUACUGUUUUGUGGAACACCGGCCGAUCCUCUGCAUAGAGAUUAAGCCAAAGUGUGGCUUCAUUCCUUUUUCUAGCCACGUUUCACAGGAGAUAAAGCACAAGGUGUGUCGUUACUGUAUGCAUCAGCAUCUAAAGGUAGCAAAUGGAAAAUGGAAGCGACCAAGUAAAUACUGCCCAUUGGAUCUCUUCUCAGGAAAUAAACAGAGAAUGCACUUUGCUUUGAAGAGCUUAUUACAGGAGCCACAGAACAACUUGAAAAUAUUUAAGAAUGGGGAACUAAUUUAUGGCUGUAAAGAUGACCAGGACUGUGUCUCUGACUGGAAUGAACUUGCUCGCCACUUAAAACCUUUCUUUUUUCCUUCCAAUGGAUUGGUCAGUGGACCACACUGCACAAGGACAAUUGUUAAAGAACUAAUCCAUGUUAUAACUAUGACGCUACUAAGUAGUACUGAUGCCUGCAGGGCAGGUGAUAUGAAGACAGUUCCCAUUUCACAAGGAAGAAGCUACUGUGAAGCAAGUGCAUUUAAUAAGGAGCUAGUGAGAAAUGGUAAACAUAAAUUGGAAAGCUCUGACUUACCGAGGGGUUGUCUCCUUUAUAAAACCCUUCAGGCUCAGAUGCUGGACAUGCUGGAUAUUGAAGGACUCCAUCCUCUGUACAGUAGAGUUGAACAGUAUUUAGAGGAAUUUCCUGAAGAAAGAAGUACGUUACAGAUAGAUGGACCUUACAAUGAAGCGUUUUAUGAGAAGCUGCUAGAUCUUUCAACUGAAGAUGACGGGACAGUAGCAUUUGCGUUAACAAAGGUGCAGCAGUACAGAAUAGCAAUGACUGCUAAAGACUGCUCCCUCAUGAUUGCCCUUUCACCCUGCCUGCAAGAUGAAUGCUCUGAGCAAAGACCUGUGGUACUCACAUCCAAAUCGAGAUUUACGUUUUCUGUUUCUGUGCUGGACCUCGACCUAAAACCGUACGAAAGCAUUCCCCACCAGUACAAACUGGACAGCGAGAUAGUUAACUAUUAUUUGAAGAACGUACAGGCCAAAGAUGACCCAGUGAUGUCCACUCUCUUCAAGGAGAAUGAAGACUGCACAUUAGUUCUCCACAAAGUGUAACCAUUUCCUUAAGGUUAUUUUUAUUCAGACACAUUAGAAAGUGCAAGAUUAAUGGAAUACAGUUAUGGUGGGUUUUCUCCCUAUUGUGUUCAGUGCAUCUUUCAGCUGUGAAUGGUUUUGCUUUCAGAAGCGAUUUCUAAUUGGUAUGCCUUUCAAAGACACAGAAUAGCACUAAAACACAUGUUUGCUACAAAACCUCAAUGAAUGUAUUUAAUAUGACAGAACAGAUAAUGUGCCAUACCUUGGAACUAGAGGACAGAUGUGAUUAAUACUAGAAGUUCAAUUCCUUCUUAGAAUUGAAAGAGCACAGAAUGAAAGGUUUCUUGAAGUAUUGCACUAACAUAGUAAGCCUAAUUGCUAACAGAAAAACUGCCUUGGAGCUUGUGCUCUGAGCCUCACUCAUACCCACUAGAUGAGUGACAAAACCUAACACAACAUUUUAGCAUUAAAUACAGAUUUAUUGAAUUAAUAAAUGUAACAACAUUAAAUACAGCAUUUAGCAGAAAAUACAGCUCAGGUGGCUACUCCAGCAUUACUGACCUGUGGAACUACUGUGUUGCUGUUGAACGCUUUUCAGUGCUAACACAUGAGAUUAAGAACACCAGACUGCCUCCAGCAGCUCUGUGGUCACCUUGCAUCUACCUAAAGCUUCUGAAACAAAGUGAAAAGGGUUAAAGUCGAGUGUCUUUGCAUUGUACAUGACAGCUGGGCUUAAUGCCUCUGGCAUACUGGUCUUGUAUUUUCUAUACAUUAUGUGCUGCUAUUGAAGGUGAAACCACAGCUCGCCCUUACCUAAUUUAAGAUGAACUGUAAGAAUAGUAUAUUUUACAAAUUAUUUCAGAUCUUUUAGGUUGUGUCAAAUGGUGGCAUUAUAUCACCGAUAUCUCACAUGCUGUGUAGUAUGAGCAGCCACUUUUGGGCUCAUUCAUUUGAAGUAAUACAAAAAAAAACUGGCUUUCUUUUCUGAAGCUGCCAAGGGGUCACUUGCUUAUGCGAGUACUGGAGCUAAGCUUGUAUCACUACAUCAGCAAUUUAAUGAUGGCUUUGCUUUGUAAAUGUUAGCAUGUGCAGCAGAAGCCUUGUGAGAGGUUGCAGUAAAAGCCAUCCUCAACGACGAUGCUGAGUUGGAGACUGAGGAUGUAUCCAAACCAGAAGGUAGUAUGGUAAAAUCUACAGGCACUCCCUGCAUGCUUGUGGAUUGCACACCCAGAAGUAUGCAGAGAUGCUGUUCAAGCUACAGCGACCUGCCAUUACCUGAACGCAGCCUGUGCUUCCUGCUCAUGUUUUUCACAAUAACAUAGGUUAGCAUUUAGAAAAUAUAUUUAUAUUGGGAUUUUUGGUUGAAUGGUUCAAUUUUACUUGAAACUCAAAAAGCAAAACAAGAAAACCCCAACUCAAAGGUAUGAGCUGCAGAGUCAUUUCUGCGGGUGCCUCACUGCAAUGUGACACUGCAACAGGGCAAUAAGCUGGUAGGUGACAGUGAUAACAACCCCUUCUUUCCAAAGGAGACCUGGGGGGAAGAGAGGCUACUUUAAAAUCCAGAAAUCCUCCAACUGUUAGAGGGGGAGGGAAGGAAACUUUUCAGGGUUUUAUGCUGUAACUUCACACACCUUUUUUAUGCAAAUAAGAGCAUGUGCUGUUACCAAGUUUCAUUUUCAUGGAAGAAAGAGCUAAAGAUGAAAUACACUAAGGGUUACACAAAACCAGCUAAACCAGUAAUACGUCAGUGGGUAAAGAGUGCUGCGUUUUGCCUGUCCACUAGAUUCCAAACUUGAAAUUAGUCUGCCUGAUAUCUAACAAGGUAUUCUGUUACAGAUGGCUGCUCAUUGAACCUUCAUCCCUGGCAUUGCUCAGCUGUAGAUUCUGACAAACCAAUACAGCCUGCCAGUUUUUCCUGACCUACCAGAACAGUAGGAGACUAUUUUAGUGAUCAAAUAGCAGAUUAUUACAAUUACAGUAUUAUAAACAUACUGUUUCUGUAGCUCUUGGUUCUCCACCUAUUUUCACCAUUGCUAUAACAUAUUUUUUCAUAACUGAUAAACGCAGCUGGCAAACUGCUGCUGAUAUGGUUAGAGCAGUGGUGGAUUUGAAGAGGAAGUCCCAUGAUGUUAUCAAGAUUGUGGUUUGUGGCUUUGGCCCCUUGAUUCCAGGAGCAGCUGUCAUUCCCUACCAGAGAAGUAUGUGACUUACAGUCAUGUAGAUUUGGUCUGGAUAAAGCAGUUGGUUGUGAUGGAUGUCUAGUGCAGAGCAGGAACUCCUGAGAAAUGCUGAGAGGUUGCUGGUGAGCUAACAGUACAUCUGGUGGAA